AUGCCGCUGUCCCAGGGCCACCGCAACGCCGUGUCCUGCCUGGACGCGCCGUCAGACCGGUCCCUCCUGAUUUCUGCAGACGGCGGCCCUGGUGACACGAUGGUGGUGGGAUGGGACCCGGAAUCGGAGCAGGCAGUGUGGACGGCGCGCGACCCACACGCGCGCGGCGUGGCGGCGAUGGCACUUUCCCCCGACGGUCGCGUUCUGGCGACGCUCGGCGCGGUGGCGCCGGGCGGCGGGGAGCAGCAGGAGCUGGCCCUGUGGGGCGUCCCUCAAGCACCCGCAAGCCACGAGCCUGGUGACGUCAGCACGCCGCCCCACGAGCACCCGCCGCGUGAGCUGACGCGCCUGGCGACGACGCCCAUCCCCGGCGGCGACGAGCAGACGUGGGUGCGCUUCAGCCCAGAUGACCCGACAGAGCUCGUCACCAACGGGGCGCGCCGCGUGUACUUCUGGCGAGCGCCGCCGCAGCUGCAGCAGCGCGCCGCGGCGGCGGCGGCGGCUUCGGCGGUGCCGGCAACACCGGGCGCCCCGGGUGCAGCGUCGCAGGGAGCUGUGGGCGGCAGCGGCGGCCGCUGCACGGAGCAACUGGCCCCCAUGUCAUACUAUUCGCCGCCGCUGGCGGCGGCGGAUUUCAGGCAGGCUGUUGGGGCGUUCCUGGCGUCGGUGUUCGUCCCUGGCACAACACAGGCUGUUACGAGCACCGCUGAUGGGGACGUGGUGGUCUGGGAUGAGCAGGGUCUGAGUGCAUCCAACGGCGCACGAGCAUCUGACAGGCACGCCACCAAGGUGAUGCGGCUGCACGAGAAAGCAAUACCCUUCCUGGGCACGGUGGGCGGGUUCGUCGUGACCGGCGGCGCCGACGGCCUGGUGCGGUUCUAUGACAGCUCCCUGCGCCUGGCCGCGUGGUUUGAGGAGCUGCGGGCGGGACCGAUCGCGGCGGUGUCCUUUUCAACGGCAGGGCAAGCCAAGCCAGCCGCGGCCAGCAAGCUCAACAGGUUUGUCUGCCCCGACUUUGUCGUGGCCACGGCCCAGGGCAAGCUCCUCGCCCUUUCCGCCUCUGCCUUCGACGGCGCGGAGCCCCCGCUCGGCGCGGGCCCGCUCGCGGCCAGCGCGGCCAGCAGCGGCCUGGGCCUCGGCGCCGGCGCGGGCGUGCAAGCCGCGCUGCGCGGGGAGGUGCUGGUCGAGGCGCCGGCGCUGGACACCGUGGACAUAGCCGCGCACCCCAUGCGGCCCGAGGUAUUCGUCCUCGGCGCGAGCGGGACCCUGCAGCGCUGGGACGUCGCCGAGCGCCGCUGCGCCGCGUCGCGGCGGCUGCCGCCGGAGUGCAAGCGGGCGCGGGCGGCGGUCGUGGCGCGGGACGCAGCGUUUGUGGCGGUGGGGUGCGAGGGCGGGCACGUGGUACUGGUGGACGCGGGCAGCCUUGAGGACAUUGCCGUGAUGCGCAACAGCGGGCAGCCAAUAGAGAGGCUUGCGACGUCGUCCAACGGGCGGCUGCUGGCGGCCGCGGACUCCGCCCACCACGUGCUGCUGAUGGCCCUGCUGCCGUACAAGGGCACGUCGCACCUGAAGUGGGAGUUUUUGGGCAGGGCCAGGGCGCACCACGGCCCAAUCGUGGCGCUGGCAUUUGGCGAGUCGCCCGCCGGCCAGACGCGCCUGUUCAGCCUGGGCGCGGACGGCCGUGUUAUGGAGUUUGACCUGCGGCCCGGGCCGGGGCCGGCGCUGCGGCUGCUGGCCGCCCACGACGUGGCGGGGCCCGGCGCCGGCGUGCCGAGCGCGCUGUGCUUUGCGCCGCCGAUGCCGUACUGGGCGCGGUCGAGCACCGAGACGCUGCUGCUGGUUGCAGAUGCGGCUUACAAAGUGCGCGCCUUCAACCCCGACAGCCGCGCCAUGCGCGCGACGUUUCAGGGCCCCACGCACGGCGGCCCCAUCACCCGCCUGUUGCCCUUCCGGUCGGUCGCGUCUGGUGGCAGCUGGUUGGCGUACAGCACAUCUGAGAGGGUCGUUGGCCUCAUCGCAUGGCCCCUGGUGGGCGACCCAGAGUUGAGCAUGGGCGUCAUCGCGCAUCCCGGCCGCGUGCUGGCGACGGCGGUGACCUACGACGGCCGGAAGCUGGUGACAGCGGGGGAGGGUGGCAUCAUCAACGUCUGGGACAUCGAUACAUCCGCCCUCGAGGCCCACGCCGCCGCCCUCUCUGCCGCCGCCGCGCGCGCCCCGCCGCCGUCGCUGCCGGCCGCCCCCGACGGCGCGGGCACCGGCGCCGCAGCGGCGCUGUCUGGCGCUGACGUGGCGGCGACAGGCGCUGACGUGGAGCGGUGGGCGACGCUGGUGGGCGAUGCGGGGCUGGUGGAGGAGCUGCGGGACGCGUUCUGCUACGUGCAGCUCCGCGAGGCCGAGGCGGCGCGGGCGGCGGCCGGGGCGUUUGGCGGCGCGGGCGCCGGCGCCGGCGUGGCUCUGACGGGGCGCGUCCCCUCGUCGGCGCUGCCAGACCUGAUGCGCAUCGCCGGCUUUUACCCAUCAGAGGCUGAGGUGGCGGCGCUCAUGGCGCACGUGCGCUUCCUGGCAGGGCUGCAGGCAGAUGCUGACGCGCCGGCGCCGGCGCCGGCUGCCACAGGAUCCGCGGCGGGCGCUGCGGGAAGCGGAGAGCGACGUCCGGCGUCCGGCGCCCGCGCGGCCGGCACAGGGGCGGUGCGGCAGCAGCAGCAGCAGCAGCAGCAGCAGCAGCAGCAGCAGCAGCAGCAGCAGCAGCAGCAGCAGCCCGCAGCGGAUGCAGGGGGCCAUACGGCGGGCACAGACGGCCACGGCCAAGCGGGAGAGCAUGCAGCUGCAGACUUGGAUGAGGGUGUGGACUUUGGGACCUUUUUGGCGCUGUACGUAAACCACCGGCCCCUGGGCGGCGUCACCCAAGCCGACAUCGACGCCGCGUUCGCCGCACUCGGCGCGGACGCGUCGCCGGCGGGCGCGCUGGGCGGGCGGCAGCUCGCUGAGGCGCUGCAGCGGGGCGGGGAGUCCAUGGGCGCGGCGGAGCUGGGGCGGGUGCUGCAGGUGCUGACGGCAGCCGCGCCGGCGGCGGAGGCCCUGGGGGACCGGGUGACGGCGCUGUCUUUUGCCUGUGACGUCCUGGGGUUUGGUGCGGCGCGGCAGGAGUGA